AUGCCCGUCCCCGAGUCCGAAUACCUGAGUCCGGUAUGGAAGGAUGGAAUCUUCAGUGAGUUGGCCCGAGUCCGCAGCUACUUCGGGACUGACCAGAUUGGCACAGAUGACAGGGUCGCCUUUGUCACCGGCGGCGCCGGAAGUAUUUGUAGUGCCCAAACCCGCGCUCUCGUCCGCCUCGGAGCAAAUGCCUGCAUCAUCGGCCGCAACGUCGAAAAGACAGAGGCCAUGGCCAAGGACCUGGCUACUGCCAGGCCGGGUGCCAAGGUUAUCGGCAUCGGUGGUUGUGAUGUGAGAAAUCCCCAGAGCCUGCAGGACGCCGCAGACAGGUGUGCCAAGGAACUCGGAAGCAUCGACUUUGUCAUUGCGGGUGCUGCUGGCAACUUCGUCGCACCCUUGUCCGGCAUGAGCCCCAACGCCUUCAAGGCCGUUAUCGAUAUUGACGUCCUGGGUACCUUUAACACCAUUAAGGCCACCAUCCCUUACCUGGUUGAGUCGGCAAAGAAGAACCCUACACCCAGCAAGGACGGCCGCACAGGCGGUCGCAUCAUUUUCGUCUCGGCGACUUUCCACUGGACGGGUAUGCCGCUGCAGGCCCAUGUGUCGGCCGCCAAGGCCGCUGUCGACGCCCUCAUGGCCUCGGUGACGUUGGAGUACGGCCCCUUUGGGGUCACGAGCAAUGUCAUUGCCCCGGGUCCGAUCAAGGACACGGAGGGCAUGCAGCGGUUGGCCAGCAGCCAGCAGGACCAGUCCAAGGCCGACGCCCAGGUACCGCAGGGUCGGUGGGGCAUUGUUCGAGACAUUGCCGACUCCACUGUCUAUCUGUUCAGCGACGCCGGCAACUUUGUCAACGGUCAGGCGAUCCCUGUUGACGGUGGUUCCUGGAGACGGGGAGGUGCGCUGGCAGUGGGAACCGACGAGAACAUGAAAUAUCCGGAUUUUCUCCUGAAGGGAGAGUUCUCGAAGCACGUCAAGAGUGGACGCAAGAAGGAUGCCAAGCUUUAG